AUGGAGCAUGGAAUCAUUGGCAAAGGCAUUCGUUUCGUAACGUUGAACUGCCGAACACUGUCGUCGACUGAACAACAAACCGCCCUGUCUAGGAUUCUAUGGUAUUUCUGUGUGCUGUCUGCUGCACAGCAGGAAACAGGCAUCAGAGGUCGGCCGGUCUUCAGUAUCGGAGACUACGUUGUCUACUGCUGCGAUGCGAUGAAAAGAAGAUGGCUGUGCGAUAGCCAUGAGGAGCAACUACAACAACCUGGUGGAGGAAUUUGGCUUAAAAUCGUCUAG